AUGGCGGAAACAGCAAAAACGCAGUUUGUGACUGCCGACAAUGGCGUCAAGUUCGCCUACCGCAGGUUCGGCAAAGCUAGCGAUGUGCCCAUAGUACACCAUAUUCACUUCCGAGGAAGUAUGGAAUUCUGGGAUCCCUUGCUGGUGAAUACGAUUGCGCAAUAUCGCGAGGUGAUCUUGUUCGACAAUGCCGGCACGGGACAAAGCUCGGGCAAUGUGCCUACCACCUUCAAGGGUUGGGCUAGCGACUUGGCUGCGUUCAUCAAAGCUUUGGGCUUGAAGCAGGUGGAUCUCUUCGGGUUCUCGAUGGGCGGCAUCGCAGUUCUUCAGACCGCGCUCGAUUACCCAGAGCUCGUGAGGAAGCUUGUCAUCGCCGGCGCACGAGCAUCCGUGCCGGAGAAGGGCCCUGUCGAAGGUAUCAUCUGGCCUCAGGAGCAGAAUCCACCUGAGUACACCACCAAGCUCGCUUACGCAGUCACGGCUGAAGAAGGAAAGGAAGGUUUGAAGUACGCCUGCUUCCCAGAAACAGAUCGAGGAGAGGCUGCCUUCAACGAGUACUGGGCACGCAUCUCAACCCGUACAGCCGAGCCACUGCGACUGGACCUGCUGCCGAUGGAUCCGCAGGGAAACAACCAGUAUGUUGCACUCGUAGAUGCCCUCACGCCUCAGCCGAACAAUUCGUUCGAUCGGCUGGGGGAGCUGAAGAUCCCAGUCCUGGUAUUGAACGGUGAUGCUGAUAUGGUGGUUCCAACGAGUCACAGCUAUGAGCUGCUCAAGAAGGUCGACAAUGCGCAAUUAAUCCUCUACCCUCGGAGCUCCCAUGGAUUCCUGUGGCAGUAUGCGAAGCGGGUUGGAGAAGACGCCGACCGGUUCCUUGACAGUGUGGAUUUUGACUGA